GAUCACCCGCUAACACCAGAGAAGAGUCUCACUCCCUUGACAAGAGUGUAAUUUAGUAAUAACGAACGAACGGAUGGGUAUGGCGACAAAAAUUACGACGCCAUGACCGUGUCGAAACAUUACCUUGUCGUAACCCUCCUUGUCGACAUAGUCGUUGUGACCUUGGCGCUACAACCAUCACCACCCGGGGAUUUGAGGGUAGUUGGGAAGACGGAGAAUGCCGUUUUUGUCCAGUGGACUCCUCCCAGUGGUGGGGGUGCGGUGAGGGGUUAUCGAGCCGUGGCCACACCGAUAAAAUCGUAUGGAGAGAAUUUGGGUCCUGUCAGAUCGUGGGAAUGGUUGCAGCCAGGUCUAGUCUCGUCGUCGUUUAUUACUCUUUCCCCCGCGACCCAGUAUACAUUAAGUCUUACAAGUUUGGGAGAGAACGGUGAAGUCAGCAGCCCCACCAUGGUCACCACUUGGACUCGAAUUGGAAUCCCGGAAGCCCCACCUACGCCAAGCUUAGAGUGGCAGCAGGGACAACGGAUGGGGAUCAGUUUAUCACCUGCAAAGAGCAAUUUAAACGGUCCCAUCUCAUUUUAUCGAUUGGCGUUAGUCGAUGAACGUGGUUUCUUUAAUAAGGACUCUCUCGUCGGGUGGGAGGAAGGAACUCAGCUUCAUCUCCUUUAUUAUAUUGCUGCCCAGUGGGACGACCCCUCUGACCUACCGUACUCCUUCACUCUCGGGGAUGGCGACAGGCUGGGAGGUUACUAUAACGGGCCACUCCCGUCCCACGGGCAUUGGCACCCUGCGCUUGGGUUGGGUUCCACGUGGGAGAACGUAACCAAGAUCCAGUACUCACCAACGGGACAUUACCAACAUUCACACAUCACCCUUUCCAAUGACCAGCGAGCCCAAGAGGUCGUUACUGUGGAAGACGGCGGUGUCGUGACUGGACUCUGGAUCGCGAUUGGAGCCACAUCCAUCAUCCUCCUUCUAGUUUUAGGCGUGUUUCUCCUCCUUAAACUGAAUCUCACGAGGGGAAAGUUAUCCCGGAGAAGGAGUCGAAGGGAGGCGCACCCCUUAGCACAAUCCUCCUCCUAUAAUCAACCGUCAACAUCAGUAUCGACCAUUUCAGUCCCAUACGCUACGAAUGAAUUUAAUGACUGUGGCGGCUACACCCACUUAUCAUUCGUCCCUGAGGAAGAGGACUGGGGACGAAAGGCGCUGCUCGGUCUGGCUUCAAUCGCCUGCAUUCCUCGCGCAGGAAUCGUCCUCCCACAUUCAGACGAAGCUCGUGGUGGAGCUACUGGCGUGGAGGAUAUUCCCAUAAUUGCGAAUGGGAAAUUCGGCCCUAUUUUUGCCUCUUUGCUUCAAGACCGUCACCCUGUUCAGCUCUUUCAGUUGACCAUUCCUUCUAAAGUAGGAAACGGUGGUAGCAGUUCUUGGGACGAGGCUUCUUUUCGAGCUUUAAACUCUCUCCUGCUUCCCUCAUCCCAUGUGAACGUGACCUCUCUUAGCGGCUUUCUCCAAACGGAGGGAUAUCUCUACCUUGUUAUCCCAGGGGAAGGAACCCCCUGAAGACGGAGCUCCACCGGACAAGGAGCGGCGAGGGGUCGAGGAGUUCGCAGGCUCUUCUUCUUUGUGCCAUGGGAGUGGCGGAAGGCUUGUUCCACCUUCACUCGUACAAUUUAACCCACGGUGAGUUGUGUUCAUGGUCUGUGGUGCUCCCUUACCAGGAUGACUGGGCCAAUCCAAAACUGACUGGAUUUAGUAUUCUAGCAGCCAACCCGGUGAACAAAUUUGGUUUUCAUUUAAAGGAACGCGACCGCAACCGAUGGAUCUCCGUAGAGCAGCUUCACUCGAGAACGGCACCUCCAUCCGAUGCUUGGUCGUUUGGUGUCCUCCUUUGGGAAAUCGCCACUUUGGGUGCCACCCCGCUUCAUGAGAUUAAAACGGAGGACAUUAAACGAAGAGUGGAACGGGGAGCGAGGCCGCCACAGUUGGAAACGUUCGGCGACGGCCUCUACCAACUUAUGCUCUCCUGCUGGCAGAUUGACAAAGAGGAGCGGCCAGACCCGGAGACAUUAGCUUGCACGUUGCAUGAACUCCUACCAACGGCGAAUGACGAGUUAGGAAUCUGGGACUCUUUCAAGUGGCCACCAUACAUUGAAUCUCUAGAGUUUCUCCCAAGUACAAAGUGAUCAACGAUGUGACAUUGAAAAGAAGGACGCUCUCUUACAAAACGAAACAGAAAUUAGAAAUACACACAAAAUAAUCGUUAAAAGUAUUAUACAAAUACACCAUUUCACUCCCUCCUCUCCAGAACAUAUAUCUCAUAGUGAAGGAUUAUACGCCACCUUUAUAAUGCAACAAAUGUAAAUUUUGUACUAUGGGUUUAUCAACUGCUUCGACAAAAUUACGAGAUUGAUUGUGCUCAGGUAUAACUUCACAAAGUUUACACAAAUUGUGGCAUGAAAUUCCUCACCAUUUAUAAACAUUCCGAUCCAAACCAAACCAUAUACUUAUUUACUUAAAUAACUCUUGCCGAACCGAAAAAGUACCUUGUUUUGUUCUGAAUCACAAUCACAACACCUUUUUACUUUUUUAUGAUUACAUGAUUUUAUAUAAAUAUAUUAACAAUAAAGAGACAAGAUUAAUUUACAAA